AUAGUUUUUUUUGUGUGUUUAUCAGUUGUCUUGUUGUGUUUAUCAGAAAAGUCAAACAAAAAAAGUUUUUUUUUUCUAUUUUCUGAUAUUAAUUUUGAAGUCGUGGCAUAGUUUUAUUUCUUUCCAUUUAAUUGUACUAAUAAAAUUUUCAACUAAAAUAUGAGUGAAGCAAAUAAAAAGAAAGGCACCCGAGCUCUAAUUCUAGUCGGUGGCUAUGGCACCCGACUGAGACCCUUGACCCUUAGCACACCAAAGCCCUUAGUUGAAUUUGCCAAUAAGCCGAUACUUUUGCACCAACUAGAAGCUUUAGUUAGUGCUGGUGUAACACAAGUUAUAUUAGCAGUUUCUUAUCGUGCUGAACAAAUGGAAUUAGAAUUAAGACAAGAAGCCGAAAAAUUAGGUAUCGAUUUGAAAUUCUCCCACGAAUCCGAACCCUUGGGUACAGCUGGUCCACUAGCUUUAGCCAAAGACACUUUAAAUGCCAGUGAUGAUCCAUUUUUUGUUCUAAAUUCCGAUGUAAUUUGUGAUUUUCCAUUUAAACAACUCGAAGCAUUCCAUCGUGCCCACGGCAAAGAGGGUACAAUUGUUGUUACCAAAGUUGAAGAACCCUCCAAAUAUGGAGUGGUUUUGUAUAAUCAACAAUGUGGUCGCAUUACAAAUUUCAUUGAGAAACCUCAAGAAUUUGUUAGCAAUAAAAUUAAUGCUGGAAUUUAUAUAUUCAAUCCAUCUAUAUUGGAUCGAAUUGAAAUUAAACCAACUUCAAUUGAGAAAGAAGUGUUUCCAGUUAUGGCGGCAGAGAAGCAAUUGUAUGCAAUGGAGUUGGCUGGAUUUUGGAUGGAUAUAGGACAGCCGAAAGAUUUCCUUUCAGGAAUGUGCUUAUUUUUGGCGUCACUACGUCAAAAACAACCAAAUGCACUCUAUACUGGACCAGCGAUAGUUGGUAAUGUUUUAAUUGAUCCAUCAGCUAAAAUCGGUUCAGGAUGCCGUAUCGGACCGAAUGUCACAAUUGGACCAGAUGUAGAAAUAGAAGAUGGUGUUUGUAUAAAACGAUCAACAAUUUUGAAAGGUGCUAUUGUAAAAUCGCAUUCAUGGUUGGAUUCGUGUAUUGUUGGAUGGCGUUCGAUAGUCGGUAGAUGGGUGCGACUGGAGGGGACAACUGUUCUGGGUGAAGAUGUGAUUGUAAAAGAUGAAAUUUACAUUAAUGGCGGCCAAGUUUUGCCACACAAAAGUAUAGCUUCAAGCGUUCCUGAGCCACAAAUUAUUAUGUAAAGUCUAUAUAAAAAUCAACUGCAGCUACUAUUACUUUUUAUACAUUGAAUGUAGUAAUGUGAUGUUGUUUUUACUAUGAUCAGGCUUAUUAUUUACCAUGCAAUAUAUUUUUACCCUGCAUUUUUUUUUCUUUAAAAUUUUUAGCAAUAAUACAUUCAUAUUAAAAAAUUAUAA